GGAAGGCAAUAGCAGGCUUAUUUCUAACGGCGGGCCGCACAGUUGCAAUCAUACGGGUACCAGAACACGAACGGGGCUCCAGUCUGACUUUUGAAAGAAAUUCCUAGCUGUUUGGAUCCGAUUUGGGGAAUCAGUCUUUUUAGUACUCGAGUUCUGUCGGCACGUCAUCUCAGGACGAUAACGACACUGCACAGCUUAGCAAAGUAGAUUGACAGUAAAGACAGAAAUGGCCGUGUCUAAAGCUAUCGAGGCCCUACAGCAGGCUCUUCCUGGGGUCAAGUUUGCCUCCCGGGGCACCGAGGAGCACGAAGCUCUGAACCGCAGCUCUUACCAGUCGGCCCUACAGUCGGACAUCAUCCCCGCCUGCAUCGUACAGCCCAAGACCAAGGAAGAGGUGUCGACGUUUGUCAAAACCAUUCGCCCCUUCGUGAUCGCUGGCGAAGCGGCCUUUGCCAUUGUCGGCGGCGGUCGCCAGCCUGCACCGGGGUGCUCCAAUAUCGACAACGGCAUUACGCUGAACUUGAGUCUCCUGAACGGCAUUGAAAUUCGAGACGGAGUCGUCUCUAUCGCGGCCGGCGAGACUUGGGGUCCCGUGUUCGAUAAGCUGGUCGAACAGGGGCUCGGUUGCUCUGGCUCGCGCUCGUCCAAGGGUGGCAUUGGAGGACUGGCAUUGUCCGGUGGUCUAUCGUUCUUCUCAUCACGGGAAGGUUUUAUAUGCGACGAUGUGAUCAACUACGAGGUAGUUCUGGCCUCCGGUGAGGUUGUCAAUGCAAACACCGACGAGAACGCGGACCUGUGGAGGGCACUGAGAGGUGGAGGCAACAAUUUCGGUGUUGUUACCCGCUACGACAUGAGAACCUUCAAGCAAGGGCCUUUUUGGGGAGGUUCCUUAUACUACUUCGGCCAAAGCUUUCCUAGCCAAGUUGAGGCACUAGUCCGCGAACUUCAAAAGCCUGACGCAACUGUGGAAACACAUUUGAUGAUGAGUCUUGGUUACACGGCCUCGUUUGGGCCUGAAACCGUGGCGAUGAACCAGGUGUAUUACACGCAGGAGGUUGUAAAGCCGCCUGUUCUGGAUGUUUUUACCAAUGUGGAAACGCAGAUCGACGGUUUAAAUACCAUGCGGAUGAUGAACCUGUCAGACGCAUCGAGGGAGCAAGCAGGUGACAUUCCGCCUAACCAACGGUCUGCCUAUAUGAACCUCCACGUGAAGGCCGAUGUCGACACACUCGUGGCUGGUGCAGAUAUUUGGAAGUCUGCGCUCGAACCCAUAAAAGACCUCCAAGGACUAAUCUGCUCCUACACGCUUCAGCCAUACGCGCGGUCUCAACUUGAAGCGUCGGCGAACAAGGGUGGGAAUUCAUUGGGCCUUGAUCCUAGCCUCGGCCCUAUCGUUUCCGUCGCAUUUCUGAUGUACUGGAACCUAAAAGACGACGACGAAAAGGUCCUCGGAGCCUUCAAGGGUGCCUUGGAGAAGAUGAGGGAGGUUGCUUCAUCGAGGGGUCAGCUGAUUGACUUUAUAUACAUGAACUACUCGCUCAACUUUCAGGACCCGAUCGAUUCCUACGGUGUGGAAAACAAGAGGGAGCUUCAGCGAGUCAGCAAAAAGUUCGACCCUGAAGGUGUAUUCCAGAAAGGUGUCCCCGGGGGAUGGAAGCUGUUCCCAUAAGAUGUCAGAACCAAUCCUUCUAGGCUACAAGAGGCACAUUCGGACCUCAUUGGUGGAGAACUAUGGUCAGUGAUGAAGUGUACUUAAUCCAUAGCUUCACGAAAGCUCGUGUUUACUGGCGAGUUGCUCGCCCAGGAGCAGUGAG